CGCGUUUGUCAGCUGAGCCGGUGGUUAAAGAGGAAAGAACGAUGGAAGGCAACAGAGAUGAAGCCGAAAAAUGCAUAAAUAUAGCUACGAAAGCUCUUGAAGCAGGAGACAAAGAGAAGGCCAUCAAGUUCCUUAACAAAGCGGAAAAAUUAUAUCCCACUGAGACAGCAAGAGUAUUGUUGGAGGCCUUGUUGAGGAAUGGCAGUUCAGCUGGUUAUGGAGGAGCGUACAGCAGAAAGCCAGCUAAUGGAACCAAGGCUCCUUCGCCUCAUCUUCAGACCCAGAAUCAGGAAGCAGGGGCUGGAGACUCCUCCAAGGGCUUCACCCAAGAGCAAGUGGAUGGGGUGCAGAGGAUAAAGAGGUGUAAGGACUACUAUGAGGUGCUGGGCAUCAGUAAGGAAGCGAAUGAGGAGGAGCUGAAGAAAGCAUAUAGGAAGUUGGCACUAAAGUUCCAUCCAGACAAAAAUCAUGCACCUGGAGCCACGGAGGCCUUCAAAAAAAUCGGCAAUGCAUACGCAGUGCUCAGUAAUGCGGAUAAGCGGAGGCAGUAUGACCUCACAGGAGGGGAGGAGCUGAGCAGCCAGGGACAUGGCGGCCAAGGAGGCUUUGACUUCCACCGAGGCUUUGAGGCUGAUAUCACACCCGAAGAUCUCUUCAACAUGUUCUUUGGAGGUGGUUUCCCCUCUUCAACUACACAAACAUUUACUAAUGGCCGUGCUCGAUACGCUCAGCAGACGGAACACGGCAGAAGAGAGAGAGAAGAAAGAGGAGAUGGAGGCUUUUCCAUGUUUAUUCAGCUUAUGCCAAUAGUUGUGUUGAUCUUGGUGUCUGUUCUCAGCCAGCUGUUGGUGUCCACUCCUCCUUACAGCCUGUACUCCAGACCGUCAACGGGUCAGACGGUGAAGAGACAGACAGAGAACCUGCAUGUUGAUUACUAUGUCACCAGAGACUUCAAAUCUGAGUAUAAGGGCUCUGCACUGCAGAAGAUUGAGAAGAAUGUGGAGGAGGAUUACGUGUCCAAUGUGCGCAACAACUGCUGGAAGGAAAGACAGACAAAAACAGACCUGCUCUAUGCCGCUAAAGUGUACAGGGAUGACAGGCUACGCAAGAAGGCUGAGCUAAUGACCAUGGAGAACUGCAAAGAACUGGACAGACUAAACGAGCUCUACCGUGGUGGAUGAGCUUCAAGCUCUUACAGACUCUCUAACGAAAUAUAUAUGUGAGAGAAUAUAUAUGUAUAUGAAAAAUGUAAAUUUUUUUAAGGAAAGAAAUUGAGACAGUAGAAGUUAAAAAAGAAUACUAAAGUUAAAUUUAACAUUUACUGUACUGUGAGCGCUCUUUUACUUUGAAUCCUAUCCACCCCUUUCACAAACUCCUUGGAGUACAUGCUGACUUCCCAACACUGUGUUCUGUCUUUCUGGAUGAAGGUGCCACUAUAAAGGAUAACUUGACUGAACAAUGUAUAGCUCUUAUAAGAAGUCAAACUGGUUCAAGCUGUAUAUGCUGUACAAAAACCAAUCCCAAAUCAGAAACCCUUGUUUCUGCUGCUUCUUCCACUUGCUCAGUGUAACACUUUGUACAGACUUAAUUUCAGGGGGACAUGGCCUUUCUCCCUGAAACAAAAAUUAGCAGUGCUUGUACCUUGGUGAAACCACUGUUAACUGCUUCACUAUUCCACACUGAAGCUCCAUGAUCACAAAUGUUAUGAGGAGGGUGUAGUUGGAGGCGCAAGAUUCAAUUUUCCAGAAGGCCUCAGAAGCGCAUGUUAGGACCCUGUUGGACAGACCUCCAAAACCAUUUUGAUUCUUGUUGUACAUUUUAAUUCUGAAUGUUUGAAGUUAUUUAAGUCUCUGGAGAACAUAGAUAUUUCUUCAUAGCUUGACUAAUCCUUUGAAUAAAGUUUUAAUUAAUUACUGAGUAA